UCUAUCAAUUCCUCAAACAUCAAUUCCAACCAGAAACCCAACUACAUAUCCCACAAACAUCUUCAAAAUGCGUUUCUCUAUUCUGGCCCUUGCAACUGUCAUUGGUCUGGCAUUUGCCUCACCCAUUGAAGCCGAUGCAGGAGCGGCGCUUUCUUCCCGGUCCAACAACUGCUUUACGCUUUGCAAGAUUGAUGGCGGAAGUGACCAGGGUUGCCUGGAGAAAUGCAAGAACAGCUAA